AAAUAUGCAACCAAGAUCGUCAAGCUCUCAACUAAAGCAAGAGACACCAAAGCCUUAUCUAGCAAAUCCCAUCAGGAAACAAGAAUAUAGCCGCAUUGUCAACUCAAAAGGAAGCACUAUAAAGAGGAAGAAGCAGUAUAGUUUAGAGAGAGGGAAAAGCACAGUUUCGCUUGAUAACUUCAACAAUACAUCAUCUGGACAGACAAAUAGCCAACAUGCCACAUCGACGGCUAGGACUAGACAAAAACUGAGUAGCAAUAAAAUUCUGGCAUUCAAGCAAGAGAUUGUAGUAGAGUCUAGCAAAUAAAGAAAAAGCCAGCUCAGUUUCAAAAUUAAGUAUCUUAGAAAACAUUGGAAAUUUUGAGAAAGAAAAUAGGACAUUAUUCAAAUCGAAUAUCCUAUCUAUUAGAAGUAUGCUAGAGAAUGAACUUACUCUGGACAUAUCAUUAAUAAAUGAAUAUGGUGAGGACUCAGAGCUUCCUCACAAAGGCUCGACCAAGGAAGAAGAAAUAAAGAAAUUUUUGAGAGAUUCAAGUAUUCCAAUAGAAAAAUUACAAUCUCGUUUGAAUAGCAUCACGAAAUAUUCAAAGGACAGUCAAAUCAUCUGCCAAGAGAUGGGUUGAAAGACAAAAGAUGAUGCUUUAAGGAUCUUAUAUGAAACUACUAAAUAUAUUGAGGUUUUAUGGAAUCAGAUGAUAGCCCUAGAGACAGCUAUGAUUUAUAAAUAUAAUAAUAAAGUACAGUCAAACCAUUUCAGCAAGACUAUGAUGUCCGAGAUUGAUAACUCUUUCAAAGGAUUUGAGAGCUUUUUUAGAAACAGAACUCUUUCAUAUAAAUAACAUUAUGGAGAAAAUUUCUAAGAUUUUUGAAGGAGACCUUCCUUCAAAAUGUCUGACUGAUGCAAACAAUAUUUCAAAAUCGAUAAAUAAACUUAAAAGUAUUAGUGAUAUCGGUCAAAGCAGCUUUGCAAGCUCCCUCAUGGACAAAGAAGAGUUUUCAAGAAGCUCUUGAGUAUUGCUCGCAAAUAAAAUUUCGAAUGGGGCUGAAUCCUAUAGGCCUAAACUUGAGCCCUUAAGCUCAUCUGCAGUUGAGAAGCUUAACCCUCUCAAAAAUGCAAAGAAGAUAGCUUUUAGGAAUAAAUCUUUUAAAAGCAUAAAGAAAGAAAUGGAUGACUGUAAAGGAAGUGUCUGCACGAAUGAGUUCAUCAACUCGAUUUUAAAAUAUGUAGAGUCAAAUUUUAGGGCUAUUCCAGAUAUGAAAGAGUCCAUGAAAGAUAAACAAGAAGAAUGAGACAUUUUAAGAAGUAGAUGAGACCUUUUACAAAAGCAUGUUGAAGAAUCUGAAAAUUUAAGCAAACAUCUUACUAAAGAGGUUGAAAGAUACCAAAUCUUGUGUGAAGAAAAUAUGAAUAAAGAUAAGAAUAAUGAAUUUGAGAAAGAAAUAUUCAAACCCCAAACUAAUAAAUAGCUCUCCUACUAAAAUUAAGACUAAUAGGUACACCACUUCGAGUAAAGAAUUUCAGGACCUAAAGUUGAAGAAGUCACAAGUCAGUAGGCUUGGAAAGCCUAUAAAACUCAAGCUUAAGAACAAAUAAUCACUCAAUUUCUCAUAGUA